GUGCCGCUGACGGUUCAGUUCCAGAUGCAGCUGCUUCGGUGGCCCCUGGCAGCCAGUGCUCAGAGCCAGGAGAGCGUGGCCACAGCAGUGGGGAGCACUCAGUGAUGUGUCAGCAGCGGAAGAGGGCUGCGUUCUGCACCAUGGGCACCAGGAUGAAGUCCCUCGUGCUCUACACCUUCUCAAUCACGCUGCUGGUGUGUUUUCUCUGCUUGAAGAAGGAGGCAAAGCUGUCAGCGUCGUCAGAGGACCAGAAAGUGGAUGUAGCAAGUCACAAACCCCAGUCUGUGCUUCUGGACAAUGGCUGUUUGCCAAACCUGACUCUUGACAAUUCUUCUCUCACCCUCCCGGAGUCUCACCGCGUCUUCUUAACAUACAAGCACUGUCGGAACUUCUCGGUCCUGCGGAAGCCUUCCAGGUGUAGCAAAGAGGUGUUCCUCUUGCUGGCCAUCAAGUCUUCCCCGAUCAACGUGGACCGGCGGGUGGCAAUCAGGAACACAUGGGGAAGGAAGAUCUCCAUUGGUGGCAAGCAUGUCAGGCUGGUAUUCCUUCUAGGGCACUCAGAGCCCAAAAGCCAGGUACAAAAGCCCCUGCACCAGCUGCUGGCUUAUGAGAGCCAGGAGUUUGAUGACAUCUUGCAGUGGGAUUUUAUUGACAGCUUCUAUAACUUGACCCUUAAGGAGCUGCAUUUCCUCCGCUGGUUUGUGGAGGACUGCCUGCAUGCCAGGUUUGUGCUGAAGGGUGAUGAUGAUGUCUUUGUCAACACUUACAACAUUGUUGAGUUCCUGCAUGAAUUAGACCCUGAACAGGAUCUCUUUGUUGGGGAUGUGAUUGCCAACGCCCGUCCCAUCAGGAACAGCAAGGUCAAAUACUUUAUUCCAGCAUCCAUGUAUGCAGCCACCUUUUAUCCUCUCUAUGCGGGUGGAGGAGGCUAUGUCAUGUCUAGGGAGACAGUGCGCCGCCUCCAGAGCACGGCAGAGGACACAGAGCUCUUCCCAAUAGAUGAUGUGUUUGUGGGAAUGUGCCUGGCAAAGAUGGCAGUGACCCCAAAGAACCAUGCUGGCUUUAAGACUUUUGGGAUCCGGAGACCUUUCAGUCCUUUUGAUCCAUGCUUUUACAAAGGACUGAUGGUUGUGCACAGACUAAACCCAACUGACAUGUGGAUCAUGUGGACGCUGGUAAAGGACAAGAGCAUCAGGUGUGCGGUGUCCUUAACACGGAACUAUGGAAGGGUUUGGAAAUGAAGCUACUGAUGAGCACA